AACGGUGGGCCAGUCAUCCCAACCUCCGCCAUAGAAGCUUAUCAAAGCUUCAUGUGUGAAAUUCACUCGAACUGGCUUCAUCGAAACGAGCCUCCAGAAUGUCUAUUUAUACCGAGCUGAGGGAAGAGAUGAUCUUUCGACUUCCGCCCUCGCACCCACUAAACAAGCGCCCCCCCCGUCCUGAUCACCAGCUGCAUCUUCACAUCAUUGAAGGUCCAUCUAUCCAGACAGCCAUCUUUUCGCAGCUAUCGACAAGAUGCAACAGCCAACCACAAUCAAGAGCGAGGGCGAGCCUGAGUACGGUAUCUCAACCUGCGAGCCACACCCACCGCACCACCCUGCGAACCCUCCCUCCCCUCCACAGCAGAGCGCACAGACACCAGCGCAUCGCUUCCCGCUGAGCUACCGCAAGAAAGAUGACCAGUUCGAGUGCACGGUGACGAUCGACGGACGAGUAUGCCGACGGCGCUUCUCUAGCGAACGCUCCCUCCGGGCCCACCACCGCGGACUGCACGACAAGACCACGGAUCCGUGCCCGUUCUGUGGGCAGCGGUUUUUCGGGCAGUUCUCGCAGAAUCUGCAUCUGCGCACGGCACACGGGUACAAAGAGUUUGGGGUGGAUGGCUAUGGCAAGGGGGAGGUCGACGAGGAGAUGAAGCUUUUGCGAGAGGUCUCGCACGGUCAUGGAUUCACAGAUGUGUUGGCUCGCAGCGGAUUUGUUCAGACACAGACGCCAGAGGCCCAGCAGGCAAACUAUACUUUGUGGGUGAUGCGGCAUGAUCUGGGUCUACAGAGAUGAAAAUCAACAAGGAGAUGUGUAUCUGUAUGACGAGUAAUGAAGAUCACCACCGUACCCCAAGGAAGAGAAGAUAUCCGUACCACACUCUAUCGAGGAUAGUAUGAACGUUUGCCACAGUUACAUACAAAAUAGCCUAAAGAUCUCUACCAGACUCCGUCGACGGAUGGUAUUGUAUUUCUCUACCACAGUACAUGAACAAGAUAGCCUGAAG